UUGUACAGGAAAGGGUUAGUGCUGUAGAUGUUAGUAUCAGCUUCCUUCUUUCUAGCUUGAAACUGCAGCGAUCUCUCUGACUCUUUCUGAUAACCAAGGCUCUGUCACUUGUGGACAUACAAUGUGGAGCACAUCCAAUCUAAUAACAAACUAACAAACUGGGCUGUCUUGGCCGAUUUGUAUCCGCACACCCAUGAGGAAACAGUUAACGGUUGCAUAAUUUAUACGUAUGUAUGGUCAUUUCCUGAACUACAAAGAGCUGCCAAAACAACAUCUUCUAACUUGCCUCCCAUCACAUGUGUCUUUUGCAUGCUAUGAAUUACACACAUCACAGCAGGUUGAGCUGGAUGAUUCCUGCAAAGGGUGAAAAGUGUCAGGUGCAACAAGUAUUGUGAUUACAGUGUUCAACUCUGCAGACUUUCAAAAGUCAGCCGCACAAAAAUGAAUGACACCAUGACAAAGUUGGAUAACGCAACCCUGGACAUGCUCAAGAACCCAGUCAUUAUGAUCACCUUGCCAAUUGUGUACACUACGGUAGCUCUCAUCAGCAUUCCUGGGAAUAUUUUCUCCCUCUGGAUUCUCUUCUUCCACACCAAGCCAAAAACAAGAUCAGUCAUCUUCAUGAUUAACCUGAGCAUCACAGAUCUUGCUCUGGCCUGCUGUUUUCCCUUCCAGAUUAUCUACCAUAUUAAUGGGAACCACUGGUCAUAUAGCAAGAAUCUCUGCAGCUUUGUCACUGUUAUGUUUUAUGCAAACAUGUAUUCCUCCCUUGUUACUAUGACCUGCAUCAGUUUGGAACGUUUCCUAGGAGUGGUAUAUCCAAUGUUGUCCCAAAAAUGGACAAAGAAGAGGUACGCCUUCAUUGCCUGCUUUGUAACGUGGCUUCUUGUGUUGCUGGCUUUGUUGCCUCUGAUAACGACUGACCUUACUUAUGAAGUGAAAGAACUGAACAUUACAACUUGUUUUGACGUCCUGAAAUGGAGCAUGCUUCCCAAUCUUUAUGCAUGGGCAGCUUUCCUCUUAAUACCACUUAUUGUCUUUUUCAUCAUUCCAUUCGUGGUGACGGUAAUCUGCUACAUUAGCAUCAUUCGCAAGCUCGUCAAGGCUUCUCACAGAGACGGCAACGGGCAGAAGACCAGGUCUAUCUACUUGGUGGCAAUUGUUCUCUUGGUUUUCAUUAUUUGCUUUGCUCCCAAUAACAUUGUUCUGCUGGGUCACAUGAUCUGCCGUCUCAUGAAAGAGGAGGGUUACUAUCACAUUUACAAAUUGACUUUGUGCCUCAGUUGCUUAAACAACUGUAUAGAUCCAUUCAUUUACUACUUUGCAUCCAAAGAAUUUUAUCAGAAGUUCAUGCAGGUGAUAGGCCGGAAGACAUCGGUGAGUGAUACAAUGGAAACCAGACGGGAAAGUGUUUUUUCAGCCAGGACAAUGUCAAGUGGGCACGCAAUAAAAACGGAUGUGCUUACACCAUGUUUGCAAAGACAUGAAAGUGUUUUUUAGCUCUGUCAUUCAUAUGAAACUGUGGUACUUUUUUUGUUCUAUGGAAUGAACAAUCAACAACAGGAGUUGUGGGAGAGUAGAAAUAGCUCAAAGAACACACCAGUUCAGCUGGGCCUUGAGAUGUAAUUCUUUUGGAGCACAACUCCAACCAGGGUUUGCUCAGAGCUUUAAAAGAAACUCUUGAACAAAAUUUCCAAGAAUUCCCAACCAAUGCUUGAUGGGUUUUGUGAGAGAUAUAGAAUGCACAUUUUCAGGUUUUGAGCUUGUCUUACCAGAGCAAAAUAACAUAUUACUAGAUGUGGGACUUCUUCUCCCAAAGAUAUCGGAAUACCAUAUUCGUUCUUAGCCUCUCCAAAUAUGUUUGAACCCAUGUGAUGUAACAGUAAUAUCAUAUACUUCCUGGCUUACUGCAGCACCCUUUGAUGUAGUGCUGGGAAUGAGAAUCGAACACUUAUCUCAAUGGGUAAAAUAUAUAUUACAUGAGAUGAA